AUGGCGCUGCUGUACAAAACAGUGCCCGCAUUCGAGGAUACAUGGAUUGAGUGCUUGGGUGAUUUGGGCAGGUAUAGAGAAGUGUCUGAUAAAGCGCCUACUACAGGGCGAUUAUACCACCAUCUCGCGAUCCUCGCGAGGCCUAACCCCUUACAACAAUUGUACUACUGCGCGAAGUCUCUCUGUGUACCAAUUCCUUUCAGUUCAGCCCGCGAGUACUAUAUCGCUAUCGCCGACUACUGUGGCCUACUCUCUUACGGCCAGGACGACAAUGUUAUCUUGAAAGCGACCCGCCCCCAAUAUUCUGACGACACAGUCGAGUCGAGCUCGGAUACUGCUGACAAGGCUCGUUUGGAGUACAAGCCUAACAGAAUUGAAGAGGGUGCAUUCCAUUUCUUUGGGGGCAUAUAUAGUGUUGUUUUACGUCGAUUAGGUGACUUGAAUAUCCCGUCCUUCCUGCAUGUCGUGAUGAAGCUCAUCUCUCUUCAAUUGGACUCCAUGUUAUUAUCAUAUCGGGAAUACCAUCGCAUUCAUGACGAGAACUUCCCUAGGCAAGACAAGGAAUUUGCACCUCGCCCACUCCCGGAAGAUUUUGCUAUGAAAGGCUUGGUCUGGAUAGAUAAAUACUUCCCGGUUGAUUGGUUUUCUAACGACAAAAUCGACGAUAAUGAAAAAUACUUCGAAGUGUCCUCGAUGACAGAUGAUCGAAAAGAGAGGAUUCUCUGGCUCGGACACCGCAUCGCAAAGCUUAGGAAAUGCGUCGUACCAGCAUAUGAGAAGGAUAUAGAUAACGUUGCAAAAGAUGUCGAGAUGGCGACCAUUUCUGAAACGGUUGACCCAGCCUCUCCGAGCUCUACGUUUGGCUCAACCACUAUUGGAAAUACCCCUUCUGAGGACGGUGAGGACAUGGUGGAUAUUGAAUAGGCUAGCAAGCCUACCCUAUGACAAUGAAGUUCCUCUAGGGUACUAUACAAUUUGUCAUUAGGAAGAGAAGGUGGCUAAUACAUAUGAUAUCCAUGUCGAAUAGUCACCCAAUUUUAUUUCUACGCCA